AUGCUCAAGCUAGACAUAACGCCAAGUAACGCAAUGCAGUUAUCCACCACUUGCCGACCUAGACUUGGUACGUCUCGCCUGGCGUGCGCGACCAGGCGAUUUUCGGCCGCGGAGGUCCCGCUACGGCUCCAGCAGCAAAACCCCCCCAGGGAGCGGCAUUCACUGUCCCCGACAGCCAAACAUGUCCGGCCUGGCUGGCGGUUGGUAGUUGCAGCUGGCGAGGAGCCGGGGCAGCAGCAGGAGGCAGUACCCGACAAGGCUGCUGCUCCUCCUUCUUCUCCUCCGAGCACUGUGGGCACUGCGGGAGGGGCAGCGAGGGGCAGCGGGAACGGGAACGGGAACGGGAGCGGGGAGUCUUCUGGCGGAGGUCCUCGGGGGACUUUGGAAGAGCUUCAGUUCCGCGUGGACGACGAGGUCGGCGUCAAGAUGCCCAAGGACGUGAUUGACAAGCUCAAGACGUCCGUGUUUGGGUUUGACACGUUCUGGGUAACGUCGGUGGACAACUACGGUCACGACGGCGUCGUUUUCAAGGGCAACGUCCGCGGCCGCGAUCCGGCAGUGUCGUACCAGAAAAUGCGGGAUAGACUGCAGGCGGCUUUCUCCGGGGCGUAUCAGCUUUUUCUCUUGGAGGACAAGGACGAGAAACCCACUGUAGUCGUACUGCCGCAGAUUUGGCUGGCUUCGUUGUUCGCCCUUGCCACCACGGUGACGAGCUUCAACGCCGCGGGGGCGCCCCUCCUGGAGUUCUUCAUCGCGCCCUUCUCGACCGCCAUCACACAGCAGGACUUCGUGGAUGCUCUCCCUGGAGUUUUGGCCUUCUUCUUCGCGCUGGGCUCUCACGACUUCGGGCACUACCAGGCCGCUCGACGACAUGGCCUGGAGCUGUACCUGCCCUUCUACCUGCCAGCAGGCUUCGGACUGUUGGGCAGCUUUGGAAGCAUCACCCGGGUACGGAAUUUCGUACCGAGCCGUGAGGCCCUUCUGGACCUGGCCGUGUCGGGGCCUCUGCUGGGCAGCGCGGUGUCCGGCGCCAUGCUGCUGCUAGGGCUCGUGCUCACUCGUGCUGCGGCGGGUAUCGGCACAGUGGGUGUCGACACCGCCGCCCUGGCUGACAGUACUUUGGUGGCGCUCUUGGCGGGGCUGUUCGUGGGGCCGGAGGGACUGGCACAACCCGUGACUGAGGUUAAUUUCCUUGUCCUGGCGGGCUGGGCAGGACUCAUCGCGAACGCCCUAAACCUUAUUCCCGCCGGGGAACUGGACGGCGCCAAGAUGGUGUUGGGCUGCUGGGGCCGCCGUACAGCCUCUGCCGUAUCGGUGUUUACGACAGGAGCUCUGGGGUUUUCUGCAAUAACAGGAAACGCACUGUCAUUUUACUGGGUGCUGCUGCUUCUGUUUCUGCAACGCGGCCCCAUAAGCCCCUGCUGCGAGGAGCUCUCCGUGCCCAAGAACGAGUUCAACCGCAAGGCGGCGCUGGCGCUCUUGGGGUUCUCGUUGCUGGUGCUGGUGCCCUUUCCCAUCGAGCUGGCGUAUGCCAUGAUGCAGGUGCAACAGCCGGGCUUCAUUGUACCGGACUCCUUCCCAACCGACCUGCUCUGA